UUUCCAUGACUUCAUUAAACAGUUGCAAUAUUAUUGAAGCAAAGAGAGAGCUGCAUUUGAAACCCUUCAUCUCUCUCAUCCAAUAACAAAUGGAUACCUAAACUCUUAACUCCACCUCUCACACUCACUCACCAAAAAGAAAUGAAGUAUCACCGCUACGCCUUACUUUUACUCCUCCUCUCAUAUCUGUUCCCGCCGCCCUGCCUCUGCGGCGACGUCCUCCAGCUGAACGACGACGUCCUCGGCCUCAUCGUCUUCAAAACCGCCUUCCUCGACCCGCACCAGUCCCUCUCCUCUUGGAACGAGGACGACGCCUCUCCCUGUGCAUGGAAAUUCGUCCAAUGCAACUCCGGCAACGCCCGCGUCUCCGAGCUCCACCUCGACUCCCUCUCCCUCUCCGGCAAGAUCAGCCGGGGCCUCGACAAGCUCACUUCCCUCAAGCUCCUCUCCCUCUCCAACAACAACCUCUCCGGCCCCAUCUCCCCCGACCUCGCUCUCAUUCCCACCCUCGAGCAUCUCAACCUCAGCCGCAACUCUCUCUCCGGCAACGUCCCGCCCUCCCUCGCCGCCGUCCAGUUCCUCGACCUCUCCCACAACGCUCUCUCCGGCCCCCUCGCCGACAACAUGUUCGACAACUCCCUCUCCCUCCGCUUCCUCUCUCUGGCAGGAAACCGCCUCGAAGGCCCGCUCCCCGCCUCCCUCUCCAAAUGCGUAACGCUUAAUCACCUCAACCUCUCCACCAAUAGGUUCUCUGGGGGAUUUCCCCAAGGGAUUUGGUCGCUGGCGAGGCUCCGGACUCUAGAUCUUUCUAGAAACGUCCUCUCCGGGGAAAUUCCGGCGGGGAUGGCCGCCGUACACAACUUGAAGGAGCUGGAUUUGCAUGGAAAUCAGUUUUCUGGAUUCCUGCCUUCCGACAUCGGUCUCUGUCCACAUUUAUCCAAAAUCGAUUUCAGCUACAAUUUCCUUACCGGAGCAGUUCCUGAGUCUAUGCAGAAGCUGAACGAACUCACCUAUCUUAGCAUAUCCACCAAUUUCAUCACCGCCGAUUUCCCUCACUGGAUCGGAGGAAUGAGCAGCCUCGAACACGUGGAUUUCUCCGGCAAUGCCCUCACCGGCUCCGUUCCUUCAUCCAUUGGAGAGCUGAAGUCAAUGAAAUUUCUUAAUCUAGGCUAUAACAAGCUGAUCGGAGACAUUCCGAGCUCUCUGAGCGAGUGCUGGAGCUUAUCCGUGCUUCGAUUGGGCGGAAACACUUUCAACGGCACCAUACCUAGCGGUUUGUUUGACCUGAAAUUGGAGGAAUUGGAUGUUUCUAGAAACGAAGUGACAGGUUUCGUUCCUCCUCCGUCAAGCAAGCUUUAUGAGAGCCUUGAGAUACUGGAUCUGUCAGGGAACAAUCUCGUGGGAGAUAUUCCGCCGGAAAUGGGGCUGCUGAGCAAGCUCAGGUACCUCAAUUUGUCUUGGAACCAUCUGGAAUCGAGAAUGCCUCCGGAGCUAGGCUACUUCCAGAAUCUCACCGUCUUAGAUCUCCGGAGCAACGCUCUCACCGGAUCCAUCCCCGGCGAUAUAUGCUAUUCCGGCAGCCUCGCCAUCCUUCAGCUCGAUGACAAUUCGUUUGUAGGCCCCAUUCCUGAUCAAAUCGGCAACUGCUCUUCCCUCUACUUGCUGAGCCUAUCUCACAAUAGUUUGACAGGGCGAAUACCAGAAUCAAUGUCAUUGUUGAGCAAGCUGAAGAUUCUAAAACUGGAGGAGAAUGAAUUGAGCGGUGAGAUACCGCCGCAGCUGGGGAGGCUGGAGAAUCUUCUCAUCGCAAACAUCUCCCACAACAGACUAGUGGGGAGGCUACCGGUAGGAGGCAUCUUCCAAACUCUAGACGCGACCUCAAUCGAGGGAAACCUGGGCAUAUGCUCGCCCUUGGUCAAGUCUCCCUGCGUCAUGAAUGUCCCGAAGCCUCUAGUCCUCGAUCCCUACGCGUACGCGAGCCAGCCCGGUCGUGAAGCCCGCUCGCCCCCACGCCGCACCUUCCUCAGCGUCUCCGCCAUUGUGGCGAUAUCCGCUGCUGCAUUCAUCUCCGUCGGAGUGCUGGUGAUAACCCUGCUCAACGCCUCGGCUAGGAGGCGUAUCGCCUUCAUCGACAACGCGCUCGAGAGCAUGUGCUCCAGCUCCACCAGGUCAGCCAACAUGGCUGCAGGGAAACUGCUCUUGUUCGACUCCAAAUCUGCUGCGGAAAGGCUUAGCAAUGUAGAUUUGGAUUCUGUUUUGAACAAAGCAGCCAAGAUUGGAGAGGGAGUGUUCGGAAGCGUGUACAAGGCUACAACGGAGUUGGCUAUCAAGAGACUGCUGACGAGUAACACGGUGCAGUACCAGGAGGAAUUCGAUCGGGAGGUUCGGAUUCUUGGGAAGGCGAGACACCCGAAUCUGAACCCGCUGCGAGGCUACUACUGGACUCCGGAGCUCCAGCUUCUCGUGUCGGACUAUGCUGCUCAAGGAAGCUUACAAGCGAGGCUGCACCAGGCCUCUCCGCCCAUGACAUGGGCGGAGAGGUUCAAGAUAGUGGUGGGGACGGCCAAGGGGCUGGCCCACCUGCACCACGCGUUCCGGCCGCCCAUCAUACACUACAAUCUGAAGCCGAGCAAUGUGCUGCUGGACGAGAAUCUGAACGUAAAGAUAUCGGAUUUCGGGCUGGCUCGGCUGCUGACGAAGCUGGAGAGGCACGUGGUGAGCAACAGGUUCCAGAGCGCGAUGGGGUACGUGGCACCGGAGCUGGCGUGCCAGAGCCUGAGGGUGAACGAGAAGUGCGACGUGUACGGGUUCGGGGUGAUGGUGAUGGAGGUGGUGACGGGGAGGAGGGCGGUGGAGUACGGAGAGGACAAUGUGGUGAUACUGAGUGAUCAUGUGAGGGUGGCGGUGGAGCAAGGGAAUGUGGUGGAGUGUGUGGAUCCUGGAAUGGGGGAGUAUCCGGAGGAGGAGGUGCUGCCGCUUCUAAAGCUGGCACUCGUCUGCACAUCACAGAUACCUUCCAGCAGGCCAUCCAUGGCUGAGGUGCUCCAGAUUUUGCAGGUCAUCAACACGCCACUGCCCAACACAAUUCAUCCACAAUUCUAAUCUACUCUCACUCUCACCUCUUUUUUUUUCUUUCAUCAACUGCACUUUCUUUCAUCUUCCUAAUUACUCUGUUUUUCUCAAUCUAUAUUCCAAUUUUAUUUAUAUUUACUUUUGUUUA